AUGAUGAUCACCUUCGUCCAGGACGAGAUUACUAAGUUUCCCCGCAAACAUGAGAAAAGACUGGAUCAACACACCAAACCAGCAGCAAUUCAACUAUUAGACAACUCUCUAGACAUUAGCCGUCUCAAACUCCAAAGACCAUAUGACUUAGUAUAA